CUUCAGCUCUUAUCGUUAUCGGUCGGAUUCAUUCCGAUCGAAACAGCUUCACGUCCCUUUCUCUUACCAACAUUACUUCUUUUACAAACUUCAAUGUUCUUCAUAAAUUGUUUAUACAAACACCUCAUAAAACAAUUCAACCAUUUCCUCUCUCCACAUCCGAAUAAUAUUAAUCUAAAAAAUAGUGCUGAAUCAUAAACCGGCAACUAAAAAUUAGAAAAAAACAAAAUUACAACUCUACUGAAGAGAACAGAGGCCACCGGGCUGUAAGCCCUCAACUGUUAUGCCACAAUGAAUCGCAUUGACGCCUCGAAACACUAUAGCGAGCCCGCCUCCACCGCUGCCCAGAUUCCCUCUCUUCUCACCAUCGUUAUCGACACCAACCCUCGCGCAUGGGCCGCUCUAGCACCUCUCCUCCCGAUAUCCAAGGCCCUUGCCAAUCUGCUCGUCUUUGUCAACGCCCAUCUAGCUUUCGGCAAUGACAGCCACGUCGCCAUCGUCGCGGCGCACCCCAACCGCGCCGUGUGGCUGUAUCCGAAAUCCCCGAACCCAGAUCGCAAGCAUGGUGGCAAAAGGAGUGGCCAUCAUGGUAACGACCAAGAUGUUGAAAUGACAGAUGCCGACGCGGCUGUCCCCAACGCGAAAACGAUGUCUGCGAACAAAUUUCCUCAGUUCUCCGAGGUCGAAUCCUCCAUCUUAACAUCACUACGCUCCCUUAUCGAGGACACCACACCGUCGGACCUGAAUCCAACAACCCUCAUCGCCGGCGCCCUCACUCUCGCACUAUCCUACAUAAAUAAGAUGUCACACACCUUCGAGCCCGGCAAGACAUCCUCCUCCGACCAAGCCAGCUCCUCAAACACUGCCGCCGCCGGUGGCGUAGGGUCUACAAACCAGUCUUCCACAGGCGCGGUCCCCACCGCAACCCUGCACUCCCGCAUCCUCGUCCUCUCCGUCUCCGACUCCGAGCCCGCGCAGUACAUCCCCACCAUGAACGCCGUCUUCGCCGCCUCGCACGCGCGCAUACCCCUCGACACCCUCUCCCUCUACGGCGCCCCCAGCUUCCUGCAGCAAGCCGCCUUCAUCACCUCCGGCACCUUCCUCUCCGCCGCCACCAACCCUCGCGGCCUGCUCACGUACCUCAUGUUCGGCUUCCUCUCUGACGCCUCCGCCCGCGUCUCCCUCGUCACCCCCACCCAGGACACCGUCGACUUCCGCGCCGCCUGCUUCUGCCACCGCCGCGUCGUCGACACCGGCUUCGUCUGCAGCAUCUGCCUCAGCAUCUUCUGCGAGGUGCCCCCCGACGCAGAGUGCCUCACCUGCGGCACCAAGCUCGCCCUCGGCAACUACGGCGCCAAGCCCGCCGUCGUCCCCCGCCUCAAGCGCAAGAAGAAGAAGAACAACAACACCAACAAUGCCGGCUCCCGCAGCGCCGCCACAGCCGCCGCCGCCGGCCUUAACGGCGUCCGUAGUAGGGAGGAGACCGGUAGUGCUACGGGGACGCCUGUGCCUACCUGAUGAGUGCUUACCUAUGCAUUCUUAUCUACCGAGGCAGGGGUAGGUAUCUACCCUAGAUAGGUACCAAGUGUAGGUAGGAUGACGAAAGAGUAGGUAGUCCAAGGCAGCCCUGUGUGGCAACCUACCAAAUAAGUGGCAGGCGACAAGUUUGUUAGCAUGCUUUAUACCCUCAAUGUAUUACCAUCACACACAAGAAAAAAAACCCCCCGGUUUUGCGCAAGGGUGGGCCGGCGUUGUACCAUAAUGAAUUUAACUCUUGCAUAGAUAGGAAAAGGCGUUUGGUUUAGGUUUAGAAAGGCUACACUGCCAAACAAGAAUAGUCAUCAGUGUUGACGACUACGGUCUGCAUAUUGCUCUCAGG